GAGAGUGAGGAAAGGAAAUGGGUUUCACAUUCACCACCAUGACUCUAAACCUGCUCCUCCUAAUGGCCAUGGUCGCCACCAACAUCCUCUCCCUCUACCACCUCUCCACCACACUCCAAUCUCCCAAAUCCCCAAAACCACCCCCACCAGUCCCCGACCAACUCCUCCACCAACUCCACACCAUACGCGCCACCAUCAACCACCUCACGCGCCUCCAAAACACUAACCCAAACCCAACAAAAUCAACCAUCCCUUCAGAUCUAUUGCUAUACUCACACCUCUCACCUAUAGCCUCCUCAUGCCACAACCACCCUGAACUUCUCCACAAGUACAUGACCUACACUCCCUUCUCUCUCUGCCCUUCCGAUUCCGAUUUAGCCGAAUCCCUAAUCCUCCGCGGUUGCCACCCUCUCCCUCGCCGUCGCUGCUUCUCCAAAACGCCACAAAAACCUCCUUCCCCAAAUUCACUCCCUCUAAACCCCUUUCCCUCUUCCCUCCCUGAUUCCACCGUCAUUUGGGACCGUUACACUUGCAAAUCCUUCGAUUGCUUAAAUCGCCAAAACCCUAACCUCGGUUUCGAACCCUCUCGCGAUUCCUCCAAGUUUACCUCCUACAAGACCGACCUCGAUCUCCCUAUCCAGCAGCUUUUCCAGAUCGCGAAGUCAUCGAAGUCAGUGCUCCGCCUCGGCCUCGACGUCGGCGGCGGCACCGGCUCCUUCGCCGCGGCGAUGAAGCUCCGCAACGUGACGGUGAUCACCAGCACGAUGAACGUGGCGGCACCGUACAGCGAGGCCGUGGCGCUGAGGGGGCUGGUGCCGCUGCACGUGCCACUGCAGCAACGGCUGCCAAUGUUCGACGGGGUGGUGGAUUUGGUGCGGUGCGGGCACGCGGUUAACCGGUGGAUUCCGUUGACGGUGAUGGAGUUUCUGUUGUUUGACGUGGAUAGGGUGUUGAGGGGAGGUGGGUACUUGUGGUUGGACCACUUUUUCAGCAAAGGUUUGGAUCUUGAGAAAGUGUAUGCGCCUUUGAUUGGGAAAUUGGGGUACAAGAAAGUGAAGUGGGCGACGGGGAAUAAAACCGAUGCUGGCGGUGUCAAGAAUGGGGAAGUUUACUUGACUGCGUUGUUGCAGAAGCCUGUGUCUAGAUGAGGUUAUGCACAAAGUUUGAUAUAUACUGUAAGGAAGAUAAGCAGGUCGGUUUAUCCUGAUUUCCUUGCUUGCCCAUAGGUGUUUAUGGGGCACGUAAUGAAGCAAUUUUCAUGUCCACUAUGAAGAUGGAUCAUAGAAUCAACCCAUUGAAGAAAGAUAGAAGGAAGUCAAUGAGACAGAUCAACAUGGGUUUUGCAUCUCGAGGUUUGUUAUUUUCAUUGGCAAUACUUGUGUUGGCGUUGGGCGCUUUUGGGAAGACAGAAAACAGUAACAUAAAAACAGCUGUUUUUUUGUCCCCAAAGUUUGAACUUGGACCAGGAUCGGUUAUCAAUGGAUACUACUAUGAUAUUGAUUUUCCAAGGGGUCAUAUUGCACUUAAGAGUUUCAAUGCUGAAGUAGUUGAUGAGGCAGGGAACCCUAUACCUCUACAUGAAACUUAUCUCCAUCACUGGGUUGUUGGAAGAUUCUAUCGACGCAAAGAUGUGACACACAUAAAAGGUUAUGAAUAUGAUGGCCAUAGAGUGCUUCAGCAGUCUGGUUACGAGUUUGUGAGGAACAGUGGCAUAUGCCAAAGAGAUAUCCUUGGACAGUACUUUGGCCUUGGAUCUGAAACACGAGGAACAGCAACACAUGUUCCAGAUCCUUUUGGAAUAGUUGUUGGUGAUCCUGCUGAAAUUCCCGAGGGGCAUGAGGAGACGUGGAUGGUCAAUGUUCAUGCCAUCGAUACACGAGGUGUAGUGGAUAAGAUGGGGUGCACUGAGUGUAGAUGUGACCUUUAUAAUGUUACAAAAGAUGAAUAUGGGAAACCUAUAAGCUCAGAUUAUAAAGGGGGUUUGUCAUGUUGUCGUGAUCAUGCCCAGUGCAAAUUGAGGGAAGAUUUUAAGGGCCCCAAGAGGAGCCUUUACCUAAGAUACACAGUUAAAUGGGUUGAUUGGGACAAGUAUAUAGUGCCUGUUAAGAUUUAUAUACUUGAUGUGACUGAUACUUUGCAAAUUUCUGAUGAGUCUAACGGAAUGAUCCCUGAGCAUGAUUGCCGAAUUGAGUAUGGGGUUGAAUCUUGCAGCACUGACCACAAGGAUGGUAAUGGCUGUGUUCAUGUGAAGAGGACAAGCCUCCCAAUGCCAACUGGCGGUUAUGUCAUCUAUGGUGUUGCUCAUCAGCAUUCAGGUGGCACUGGAUCAACUCUCUAUGGACAGGAUGGGAGGGUUAUAUGUACUUCAAUACCAAGUUAUGGAAAUGGGAAAGAUGCAGGAAAUGAAGCACAAUACAUAGUGGGAAUGUCCACUUGUUAUCCUCGACCAGGUUCUGUCAAGAUAAUUGAUGGUGAAACCUUAACUCUGGAAUCAAACUACAGCAGCAUCCAAGAGCACACUGGAGUAAUGGGCCUUUUCUACUUUUUGGUGGCAGAACAGCUACCACACCAACACUUGAGACAUUCCUCUCGUUCUUCUUUCUUUAUGAAUAUAGAUAAUAUAUUUGAUUGAUGGGUGAUUGGUGAGAUGCUUGUAUAAGUUGAGUGUCAUCGAUGGUAUCUAAGUAUGUAUGAUGAUCAGAAGAAAUAAAGACAAAAUUUGGAAGUGUAAUUGGAAAAUAUACUACUUGUUGUCUGCAGCAAUGACAACAGUGGUAAGAGCCGGCAAUGAACAUAGUAAUCGGAUAUAGUAAUCGGAUAAUUAGUCAUUUGUGUUGGUGAUAGUUUGUACUGUUGUAUGAAACCAGUCUUGCUUAUAUGGCUAUGUGAUACAUUUGUUGCACAUAAAAUGAUCUUGGUAUUGAUGUAUGUUUGAAAUAACAAUUUAAUUAAGUAUUUAUUUAAACUUUUUUUUGUAAAAUGAAAAUUUAUAUAAACUUGGUUAUGAAUGUUAU